AACAAGAAACCUAAAUCUUUGCUUUUUAGAAGUCUUAAAAAAACUCUUAGAUCCAAAAUUUUUGACUAUAAAUUCAAAUUCAAAUUAAAUACAUUAAUAAAAUUAACAAAUCAUCUCUCAAUUUUUUCUUCUUCUGUCAUCCUAAUGUCACUCCCCACUUUCCAGAGCUUAUUGAAACUCCAUAACAACCAUGAAAAGCCACCAUUGAAGCUACCUUCAAGAUUCUUCAUAACAAAUUCUCAGAGACAAGAUCGCCAGUUUUCGCCAUUUUUUCCAGCAAUUUCACAGAGUGUCGCAGCAGUGGUGUUUGGGGAAGCAUCACAACAGUCAAGAUUAUAUCCGUUGACCAAAAGAAGAUCAGAAGCUGCAAUUCCAAUUGCAGGAAGUUAUAGACUUAUCGAUGCAGUUAUAAGCAAUUGCAUCAAUAGCAACAUAACAAAGAUAUACGCACUCACACAGUUUAAUUCCACUUCUUUAAAUUCGCAUCUUUUGAGAGCUUAUUCUGGUGGAUUAUUAGCAAAUCAAGAAUUUCUUGAAGUUAUUGCAGCUUAUCAAAGUCCCGAAGAUAAUGGCUGGUUUCAGGGAACUGCAGAUGCUAUGAGAAGAUGUUUAUGGGUAUUAGAAAAACAUCCGGCACUUGAAUUUUUGGUCCUGCCAGGUCAUCAUCUUUACAAAAUGGAUUAUCAGAAGCUUCUAGAAGAACAUCGAAACAAUAAAGCCGAUAUAACAGUUGCCGUUUUGGAUACCAUGAAAGUAGAGAACACGGGUUUUGGUAGUUUUAAAAUUGAUGUUAAUAAUAAUAAUAAUAAUAAUAGUAAUAAUAAUAAUCGAGUUAUUGGGUUCACUGAGGAACAAGAAUUGUUUACGCCAUUACCAGUUUAUGGAUCAAAUUUUAAUGUUGAAAUGUUUUCGGGUAUGGGGAUUUAUGUUAUGAACAGACAUGUUAUGAUAAAGCUCUUGAAAGAAUAUUUCCCUAAAGCAAAUAAUUUAAAGAACGAAGUAAUACCAGGUGCAAUAUCCCUAGGGUUGAAGGUUCAUGCUUAUCGAUUUGAUGGAUAUUGGGAAGACAUGAGAAGCAUUGAAGCAUAUUAUGACGCGAAUAUGGAAAGCACAAAGAAAAAAAACAUGAAAUAUAACUUCUAUGAUAGAGAUUUUCCAGUGUACACUCUGCCACGUCAUCUGCCUCCAUCUCUAGUAACCAAUGCUGCCAUUACAGAUAGUGUCAUUGGUGAUGGUUGCAUUCUCAAUAGAUGCAGCAUCAGAAAUACAGUGAUUGGUCCAAGAACAAGAGUUGGAGAUGGAGCUGUAAUAGAAGAUUCAGUAAUCAUGGGGUCUGAUAUCUAUCAGAGCAUACCUGAACAGAGAAAUGGUGGAGGAGAUGGAAAGCAUGCGAGUAUUCCAAUUGGUAUUGGGGAAGGAUCAUUCAUAAAGAGAGCUAUAAUAGAUAAGAACGCAAAGAUUGGGAAAAACGUUAAGAUCAUAAACAGGGAUAAUGUGUUAGAAGGGAACAAUGAAACAGAUGGAUACAUCAUUACAUCAGGCAUAAUUGUUGUUGUGCGAGGAGAAGUAAGAAAUCAAACCUCAGAUGAUGCGUAUGCUGCUGGAAAUUAG